AUGGCUGCUACGGAUAUCCCUCAGAAGCAGAAGGCUGCCGUUUACGAUCAGCCUGGUUCUGUUUCUACGAAGAUUGUGGAGAUUGAUGUCCCUGAGCCUGGUGUUGGGGAGGUUCUUGUUAAUUUAACACACUCCGGCGUCUGCCAUUCCGAUUUUGGAAUCAUGACUAACACAUGGAGUACACUCCCUUUUCCCACUGCAGAAGGCCAAGUAGGAGGUCAUGAAGGUGUAGGCAGAAUAGUCAAGCUAGGUCCAGAAUGUGGAGAUUCAGGACUCAAAAUCGGGGAUCGCGUUGGCAUAAAAUGGGUGUCAAGUGCAUGUGGAAACUGCCAACCCUGUCGAGCUGGAUCCGAUGGACUUUGUGAGAAGCAGAAAGUAUCCGGCUACUUCACUCCGGGCACAUUCCAACAAUACGUCAUCGGCCCUGCAAACUACGUAACUCCCAUCCCCGACAACUUAGACUCGGCAGAAGCCGCACCGAUGCUCUGCGCAGGCGUGACCGUCUACUCAGCGCUGAAGAAGAGCAAAGCCCAACCAGGCCAAUGGAUCGUGAUCUCUGGCGCGGGUGGCGGACUCGGCCACAUAGCCGUGCAGCUAGCGAGCCGUGGAAUGGGAAUACGCGUAAUUGGAAUCGACCACGGCAGCAAAGAAGAACUAGUCCUAAACUCCGGUGCCGACCACUUCGUCGACAUCACCAAGUUCCCGCGAGAUGACAAUGGCGUCGCGCUGAAGGAGCACGUCAUUUCGCUGGCGGAUGGACUGGGUGUUCAUGCUGCCAUUGUUUGCACGGCUGUUAAUGCGGCUUAUGGCCAGGCUUUGCAGAUGCUGCGCUUUAAUGGCACGCUUGUCUGUGUGGGGAUUCCGGAGCAUGAGCCACAACCCAUCUCUACUGCAUUCCCGGGCUCUUUUGUUAAUAAGCAGUUUACCAUCACUGGGUCUGCGGUCGGUAAUCGGACUGAGGCGAUUGAGACGCUGCAGUUUGCUGCUCGGGGAGUUAUCAAGGCGCAUUGCCGUAUAGAGAAGAUGGAGGCGCUGACUUCUGUUUUCGAGGAGAUGAGCCAGGGUACAUUGCAGGGUCGUGUUGUGCUAGAUUUGACGGCUUAG